ACAAUAAAUACCAAUCCGGAUGUUAUAGAAAAUUUUCCCGAAGUAACAUUGCAGGAUAUUCAAGAAGUCCGAUUAGAACAACGAAGAGCAAUUACAACCACAAUCAACUCACCCAUAUUUGGCGGUAUCUUGAAAGCAAAUCACGGCAGUGGAAACAUCAUCUGGGACAUGAUCGCCUGGGGAUUGUUGAAAAAUGGACAAUAUGCAAACGGGAAAUGUGUCACACAUCAUGGGCUUGAAAAACAACUAACCAUGGAAGAUUGUGACGCAGAUUGGACAAAAUGUCAAGAAGAACUAAAAACAUUUAUCACAAGUAACGAUCCCCUGGUUCAAUCACAAGUAUCCGUAGGAAACUGCAGUAAAGCAACUAACAAAGGCCAAGCUUUCGAGUAUACGUCUGAUUUCACCAUCAGACCGUUCAACACUAAUGCUUGCGUCAAGGCAAACACAACGAUGCUUAUUCUACAGGAAUGCGCCAACACCAGUUCAAUUUGGGGCACUUUCGAACACACAGGACAGCUCAUGGCAACAGACAGAACUGGCCUACAUUCACCGGCGUCAGACAGAAAAUGUCUCACACUAAAAGUAGGACGUCUGAGUUUAGGACAUUGCCACGGUUCAAGUAGAAAACAACAGUUUAACUUCGAAUAUCGAAACCCGCACCAAAUACGGACGCUUUCAGCAGCAGCCAUUAUAGCGCUUCACACUCAACAAUCAAACGAAACAGAAAGCGGUCAACCCCAAAAUAUAGAAGAAUUCGGCGACAAAAUUAAAUUCGAUAUUUCAAAAAUGCAUGAGCAAUAUAAAAUAAGUAUAGAAACAGAACACGAAAACAAACUUGCAAAAGAAAUUCGCGACGUAUAUUGUCAACUAUCAACGAUAAAGAAAACUCAAGCGGUGAUUUUAGCUCAAAGUAACGGAAUUCUUGCUGCUUCAGCGCUCGGAUUACCCAUCUGUACGAGACUGCAAGGCUUCGGACAAGCGAUGACGCUCCAACAAUGUGAAACCAAACGGAUUUUCAUCUCCGCAAAAGAAUCCAAAUGUGGAUUUCAACCAUUCUUUACCUAUGAAGAUAAAAACUGCACAAUUGGAGUAGAUGGAUGGUCCAUACAUCCAUAUUCCGAUUGCUUUUGGAAAACUCAUUUGGUAAAUUUAAAUGGAUUCCAUCACACCUGGGAACACAAUUCAACAGAUGGAGAAUGGGUAAAACAAAAAGCAAGCAUUCACAUGCCGAACUUAGACCUUAUCACAGAGUCCGAAGAGUUGCACCUGAAUGAUUUCGACUACAGUCUGAAGAGCCAUCCAGCGCAUGAAACAAUGGAAAUGGAACAAUUAAAUAUCCUAAACGAUCUAGUAGGCCUAAUGCAGGAAUCAAAUUCAAAAUCAAUUUCUGACAUAGUGAUGUCAGAAAAACAGGAUAAUCAGAUAGGAACCAUGUUCUCAUGGUUCAACACAUUAAAAAUUCUUAUCCUAUCUAUCAUAGGAUUUAUUGUAUUCAUCAUAUCCCUACGCAUAUUGAUCAUCUGUGACCCUUUUACAAGAAUCAUGGAAAAAAUCCGACAAGCUAGAAGAUUAAGACGAUAUGGAAUAAAUACGGAAGAAGCGCACGAAUUAACUUCAAUGAUCCCAAAUUCAAGCACUCCACCACCGGAAGAAAUAAUAGAGCAACCCCAUUCACUCGAGAGGGAGAAUGAUUUACAUAAGGGUGGCAGCGAAUUUUCGAACUCAACCACAAUGAUUGAUGAUGUUAUUACUGGCAGCCAUAAACUUUUGCGUUCCCCUAUAAACAAACCUAUUGUCCCCAAAACCACUGCUAUCCCAGAUAAAUUUCAAGGAGGUAAAGCGUCAGAGGAAACAAUUGAGGCUGUAAAAAAAUCUGCGUCUAAUACUCCUGCAGCUAGUCAUUUCAGUCUCAUAGAAGAAAUGUAG